AUGAAUCACAAUUCAUCAUCAAUUAGUUUUGAUAUCAAUUCUAUCAAAGAAACCUUAGAUCAACUGUCUUCAUAUAUAUUUGUGUUACCAGUAUUACUAUUAGUAGCUUACUAUUUCAAAACUCAAAAUGAUUUAAAACCAAAAUCCAAAUCUUUGACACCAUCAGUAAAAGCAACUGCUUCUAAAAUGGAUCAACGUCCCUUUGGUUAUUGGAAACCAGAUUUAACUUGGAAAACUCCCACACCAAAAGAAUAUCCAAAUUGGUCAGUGAAAACAACUAAACCAGUACCAUAUCGUGCUUUCAAACAUAAAUAUAAUGUUACAAUGGCUAUUAGAAAUAUGCCUUGGGAUUCAUGGAUUGAAUUAGAUAAUCAAUGGCUUAAAUUCCAUAAUAUGAAAUUGAAAAGAAUUGCAGAAAAAGGUCAAGACGUUUGGAGAAUUAGUCCCAAAGCAGUUGAUGCAGCUUGGGAAUUAUUACAUGAAUUAAUUGCUUUCACAAGUGCAAAAUAUCCAUCUUUAAUUAAAUUUGAUAAAGAAAAACAAAUUUUAAAAAUUACUGAAACAAAUCAAACAUUUGAUUUAAAAGCAAAAGAUUUUAAUCCAAUAAUUACAGCUGCAAAUUUAGUUCAAGAUGAAUUAGUUUUAAUGAUUGAAGAUCCAGAAGAUGGUCAAUAUUCAUUAGAAGGUGGUUGUAUAACAAUGGCAGGAUUUUGGAAAUUUAAAGAAAAAUUUCAAAUGAAAUUAGAUGAAAUUCAUACUUCAGGUUCAGUUCCAAAAUAUGAAACUCAUUUAGGUCCAGCAAUGAAUAAGUUUUUCCGUCGUUUAACUGUUGAUUCACCAGUUGUACGUAAUAAUUAUUUUAUACAAACUGAUGAACAUAUUGAUUGGUCAAGAUCUAUUGGACCAGAAGAAAGUGAUUCUGUUGGUUGGAAUGCAGCUACAAAAGCAACAAAUAUUAAAGAUUUAUGGUUCAGAUCAGAAAGACAAACUGUUCGUAGAUUACCAAAAACCGGUGCUAUUGCUUUUACUAUAAGAACUUAUUUUAUGCCAAUAACUGAAAUGUGUGAAGAACCAUAUGUUCCAAGAAGAUUAUUGAAUGGUAUUAAAAGUUGGGAUGAAGAUGUUAAUGAAUAUAGAGGAUUUGCUGUUUUUAAGGAUGUGUUAUUACCAUAUUUACAAAAGAGAGCUGAAGAACAAGAAGCAGAUGGUUUGGUAUUGGAUGAUGAACCACAAGAUUAUCCUUAUUGA